UAGUAUGUGGGGGAGGUUUUGCUGGCGAGAUAAACAAGCAGCCAGCCAUCGUCAGGCAUACGGCAGCAGGAACAUGGCGGCGGCAGUUAACUAUAAUGCUGUUUCACCAACCAGAAGGUCAGAGCUGGACGUAACGUACAGGAUUUAAGAGGAAACAAAACACUACUGAGAGAAGUGAAUAAUGCGCAAAGAUUUCCACUGGUCCCACUGCUGCAGAAAUGCCCUGAGGCUGAGUCUGGACUGAAGCCAAGGUGAUAUGCAUUGAGGAUGAGUGCUGUCGGGGAAAACUCGUCGGACCCUGCCAGGUCAGAGGCUCAAAAGCGCAAGGAAUGCCCUUCAGACCUCCUGGGCCCAAGUCCCAAACGAAGCACUGAGAAACGUAACCGGGAACAUGAAAAUAAAUACAUAGAAGAGCUCGCAGAGCUGAUUUUCGCAAACUUCAAUGAUAUCGACAACUUCAAUGUCAAGCCUGACAAAUGUGCAAUCCUAAAGGAGACCGUCAAACAGAUUCGUCAAAUUAAAGAGCAAGUACUAAUAGCCUGUGUUUUUCUCCUCCAGGCCUUAGAUGGGUUCUUCUUUGUGGUGAACAUGGAGGGGAACAUCGUGUUUGUGUCAGAGAACGUAACGCAGUACCUGCGGUAUAAUCAGGAAGAGCUGAUGAACACCAGUGUUUACAGCAUCCUGCAUGUAGGAGACCAUAAUGAAUUCAUCAAAAACCUCCUACCCAAGUCACAUGUGAACGGAGUGCCGUGGUCCAGCGAGAAUCCUCGGAGGAACAGCCACACCUUCAACUGCCGCAUGCUGGUUAACCCUCACAGCGAGGCCGAAGAGGCGCAGGAUCACGAGGCACAGCAGAAAUAUGAGACCAUGCAGUGUUUUGCUGUGUCUGAACCAAAGUCCAUCAAGGAGGAGGGAGAGGAUUUCCAGUCGUGUCUGAUCUGCGUAGCGCGGAGAGUACCCAUGAAAGAGAGACCCAUGCUCCCCACACACGAAAGCUUCACCACCCGCCAAGACCUCCAAGGUAAGAUCACCUCCCUGGACACCAGUCUGUUACGAGCCUCUAUGAAACCUGGCUGGGAAGACUUGGUGCGGAGAUGCAUUCAGCGCUUUCAUCUCCAAAACGAUGGAGAAAUGUCAUUCGCCAAGCGGCAUCAGCAAGAAGUGCUGAGGCAUGGGCAGGCUUUCAGUCCCAUCUACCGGUUUUCCCUGUCUGACGGGACCAUCGUCUCAGCUCACACCAAGAGUAAACUGGUUCGGUCACCUGCUACCAACGAGCCACAGCUCUACAUGUCACUGCACAUUUUACAAAGGGAGCAGCCCGUCUGUGGCAUGACCCCUGAUCUUGGAAAUGCUCAGAAUAUGGGCAAAACCAUGAACCCCAUGAGCUCUCCCAACACAGCAGGUUCCUCCAGCGCCCCCCAGGGGCAGGAUGCCACCAUCAGCAGCAACACAUCCACUUUCCCCUCCCCUGGUGGCCAGAAGGAGCCCGGCGCCAUCGGCCCAGUACAGGGCCACCGUUUCGGGUGCCCGGGAACCAUGAGCCAUUCGGCAACCAUGCAGGCAGCCACCCCUCAGGGCAGUGGCUAUCCACUGAAGUUGAGCAGCCCGUCUCAGGGCAGUCCGGGCAUGCUUUCUCCACGCCACCGAGCCAGUCCUGGAGUGGCAGGAUCUCCACGCUUGCCCCCACCGCAGUUCUCCCCAGCAGGCAGCUUACAUUCACCUGCGAGCAUGUGCACUAGCAGUACAGGUGGCAAUGGGGGAGCAGGCAGUAACCAUGGUUACACAAGCAGUUCCCUUAAUGCCCUCCAGGCACUUAGCGAGUGCCACGGCGUGAGCCACGGCCAAUCGCUGGGCUCGCCCGACAGGAAAUUGGGGUCACCAGCCUCAUUGGGCGUCAACCUUCACAUGUUGAACAAAAUGGGAGCCUCAGAGUCAUUCGGAGAGCAGAACCAAUCAGAGCAGGGUAACAGCGGGCAGGACGAUGGCAUUGAACAGCAAAGAGACGAAAAGGGUAACCUCAGCCAGUUUAACAACCCGGAUGCCAGUGAUCCGCAGAACCGGCUACGUGACAACAAAGGCCAUACUAAACUCCUGCAGCUCCUCACCACUAAAACUGAGCCUAUCAAGUCCACCUCACCCCCUCCAAUGGCUAGUGGAGAGCCCGGGUGUAAGGACCCCACUGGCGGCCUAGGGAAUGGCGGCAUGGGUGCUCAAACCGGAGCCGGGUCACAUGCUACCUCCUUGAAGGAGAAGCACAAGAUCCUUCAUAGACUUCUCCAGAAUAGCUCGUCGCCCGUCGACCUGGCCAAACUCACAGCCGAGGCCACGGGGAAGGAGCUGUGUCAGGAUUCUGCAGGUGGGGCGGCCGGUGUGGCUGAAUUAGCCAUUAAACAAGAGCCCGUCAGCCCCAAGAAGAAGGACAAUGCCCUGCUGCGCUACCUACUGGAUAAAGAUGAUAAUGUACUUAAGGAUAAAGGCAAGAUGGAACCUGGAGAAAUAAAGGUGGAGGGCAGUAAGAUGCCGGGAAUUAAGACAGAGAAAACUGAUGGCGGCUACGACCGUGUGGAGCCGUCGAGCGAGCUGGAUGAUAUUCUGGAUGAUCUACAGAACAGUCAGCCAGGCCUGUUUGCGGAUUCCCGGCCUGUGUCUUUGCCUGCUGCCGUGGACAAGCAGUCAAUUAUCAAUGACAUCCUGCAGAUGACUGGAGAGGGUGGAGCCAGCAUGGGUCCCCAGCAACAGAGAGCACUACAGGCUGUGGGCCAACAGAAUUUUGGUGCUCCACGACCAGGUCAGCCCGGCAGGGCUCCUCCAGUCAGAAGCGUGUCUUUGGAUAUGAACAUGCCUGCUAAAGGUGCUCAGGGUCAGUACCCUCUGAUGAGGAACAACAGCCCCUAUUCGCUCAUGCAGCAGCAAGGCAUGAUGGGAAACCACAGUGUCAUGCCUAAUGCAGGAGUCAUGGGUAAUAAUGGUCCCCGUGUAGGUAUGCAGCAGGACAGUUGGGGUGCACAGGGUCCUGGUCCCGUCGGUAAUGCGGCCUCACCCGUCACAACUGCUCCCACCGGCCAGCACUCUCUCACACAGGGGGCGCUCCACUCUCGCAUGGUGCCCAACUCUGGCGCAGGCAUGCCCAUGAGGCCCAGCAGCCAGCCUGGACCAAGACAGAUGCUUCAGUCCCAGAUGAUGCCAAAUGCCCGGUCAAACAUGGACAUGGGCAUGGCUGGCCACCAGUUUCCCCAGCAACAGGCACCGCCUAAUCAGACGGCUCCAUGGCCAGACAGUGUGAUGCCUAUAGAGCCGGUCCCAUUUGGGAACCAGAACAGCUCUAUGUAUAGCAGUUCUCGGGAGGAUGUUUUGUGCCCUCCUGCCUCUGAGGGUCCGGCCGAUGAGGGCGCUCUGCUCAGCCAGCUCUACACGGUUCUCAAAGAUUUUGACGGCCUAGAGGAGAUUGACCGUGCUCUAGGCAUCCCGGCUUUGGUGGGACAGACUCAGCCGGUGGAGCAGGAUCAGUUCCCAGGUCAGGACCCCAGUAUGAUGAUGGAUCAGAAGCCGCCCAUGUACAGCCAGCAGCAGUACGCCGCCUCCCAAGCCCACAUGCAGCAGGGUGGGUACACGUCCAUGCAGGACCCCAGCUUCCACGGCAUGGCAGGACAGAUGGGGCAGAGGCCGGGCUACCCCAUGCUCCGCAUGCAGGCUAGACCAGGACUCAGGCCCACCGGGGCCGUCCCCACCCAACCCAAUGCACUCAGACUGCAGCUUCAACACAGGCUACAAGCACAGCAGUAUAACGCCAUGCAUGGCUCUCAGAUGAGUCUAGCUAACCAGGGGAUGCUGGGCAGUCUGAGCGGACAGUUUGGGGCUGUUAUGAGCCCUCAAAUGCAGCACAGUGCCUUUCAGUUCCCCAGCUCAGGUAUGAGUCAGCAGUCGGACGGGGGGUUCGGUGGUGCCACCACCCCUCAGAGCCCCCUCAUGUCUCCCAGGAUGAGCCACGCCCAGAGUCCCAUGAUGCAACAGGCGCAGGGCAACACCUCUUUUCAGUCCUCCCCUGACAUGAACGGCUGGACACAGGGCAGCAUGAAUGCCAACAGUAUGUUCACUCAGCAGUCGCCACCUCAGUUUGCCCAGCAGGCCGGUAACAACAUGUACAAUGGUAACGGCAUGAACCUCAACGUGUCCAUGGCCACCAACUCAAGUAACAUGGGCCAAAUGGGCAACCAGAUGAGCUUGAGCUCUAUGAACUCUGGACCUGGGGGCAGCAUGGCCAACAUGGGCCCUGAACAGCAGAAGUAUUGUUGACCCGGGGCAGACGACAUCCCAAUAAAGUAAACCGAGUUUAAUGAAGAUGUUUGAUGAGUGAUUUUCAGCUGCAGCGUGAUCAAGGAGAGAUUGGAGUGAUGCUGUGCUGUUUAAGCUGCUAUCGGGGCUGUAGGGGUCUUUAGAGAGCCUGUCUACUGCCCCCUACUGGACAUCUCUAGAGGAUGCAUCAGGGGUACUGGAGCUCAGAGGGGAUGGACACUCUGCCUCACUCUCUUUCUCGCUCACACACACACACACACACACACACACACUGACACUUUGAUCUUCUGACACUUUGACCUAGAAUCCCCCGCCCCUCCUUCAGUCGAGCACGGCCUUCUGUCUCGUACUUACUCUGCAAGCCCUUUCCGUCAGUCUGCUCCGUUGCAUUCACCGUAGUGUGACUUAGGUCUCCCCUGAAAAGACUCUGUGACAGUGGCAUCGGAAUCCUUGUCUCCUAUGAAUGUAUUCCUCCCUCUCUUUUUCCCUGUCUUUCUUCCUGGUUCGUCCACUGGACUUCAGACUCUUCUUAAGAAGACGUUAUUUUGCCCAACCAUCUUUCUCUCUGACUUCUUUCCAAUCUGACGUUCCAAAACAGACAAGAAGACUGCAUUUAUAAUCCACGCUCAAAAUUCAGCCAUUUUGCCUUUUGGUUUUCUUUUUUUUUUUUCUUUUUUCAGUGCAAAUAAAGAUAGAAUGAUGUUGAAAAAGCGUCUACAUAUAGAUUAUGAGAAUUCAGAUGAUGGUUUGUAAAAUUAGAAUUAAUUUAGUCAAGAGGUUUAUUGUGUAUUAAAUUAAGUUUUAUUCUAAUGUAUAGUUUCAUUUUUAAAUAACAUUGUAGAUUUCUUUAUAAACCAUCGGUUAGAAAGAGAAAAAUCUCUCAGAGUGCAUAUGAAUUGCCUCAGAAUAAGAAAAAAGUUCAGCAUACCUAUGGAUUUUGUUUUCCUUGGUCCAGUAGUUUCGGAGAACCUGAUUUUGUUUAGUUGUGGUUAGUAAAAUGAAAUGCUGGUAGAUUGUAAAUACCAAUAAUGGAGGGGAAUUUUUUUCGUAUUAUAUUUAUUUUUUAUUUAGUUUUUCGGUAUAUUUCCCCUUCCUCCCCUCAAAGUCUGGUCUUAACUGUUUCUGGAAUGAGGGCGAAUUUCUCACGACGAGCAUGUUCGUUUGGCAGGAAGAUGAGUAUGUGCUGAUUCAUAUGGUACUAAGGAAGGGGAGCUGGGGUGAGGUGGUCCUUCUUUCCUGGGUGGGGGUCUGGGAGGGUUCUGUGUGUACAGUGUACAGAUACUCGCUUGCUUCUAAGCCUUUAGCCGGGAGCCCCACCGGAGGAACCCAACACAGCCAUAAACUCAACACUGAAGCGUGCUUUCUUUGUUGUGUGGAGUGACGUGCUUCAUGCCAGACGCUAUAGGUACAAGCAGAAUCCGGUGUGUGUAAGAAAAUACAACAAGCAAUAAAUAUUACUUGAGAUUUUGUUUUGUUUUGUAAUUUUUGUACAGGACUUUUCAGGAGACACAUUUAUGCUCCCCGGUUCAAACUCAGUAUUAAAGAUAGAUUUUUUUUUUUUAUUAUUAUUAUUAUUAUUGUGGUUUCUAUUUUGAGAAAGACAAAAACAAGAUGUCCAAAUCUGCUUGUUCCUCAGUGAAAAGCAGGUUUUAGUUCUGGUGUAGCCAAAAAAAAAUUUUUAAUACAUUU